AUGUCUCCCUCCUAUCAGCCCAGCGGUGAGUCACGAACACGAAUUGCUGGUGUUGUUCAACCAAAAGGCGGGGUCGGGCAGCUGUCAUCAACGGACAGUGAUCCUGCUUCUGACCCCCCUAAGCCCACUGCCGUCAUUCAAAAGAAGAUGCAACAUACAGAGCAUCAAGAUGUCGUUUUGGGUGUCAUUGCUAGGUAA